AUGGAAGCGGCGGUCGGCCAGGUGCUGGGCUUGACCUUCCUGGCGGCGCCGGCGCCGCAGCAUGGCCGGCACCUGACGAGCCGGUUGUCGACCGGUCCUGAGCCCAGCGCCGGCGCCGGAAGCUUCGGAAGCUUUGGAGCCGCCCACGCCGCCGUGGUCUGUGGCGGGGGCCUGCUGCUGUCGGCGAAAAGCCGCCCGAGACGCUUCGGAAGCGGAGGUUCUUUGGGCAGCCUCCGCUGGCGGAGUCGCCUUCCAGUCCAGCGGGCGGAAGCUGAAGCCAAGGCUACAGGCACCAAGGAGAUGCCCAAGGCUCUGGUGGUGAACCUGGACCGCAGCCCGGCGCGCUGGGAAUCCGCCAAGGAGGAGUUCAGCCGCGAGGGCCUCACUGUGGAGCGGUUCUCGGGCACGGACGGCCGGGCCUUGUCCCACGCCGACUUGCGGAAGGUGGCGACCUGCCGGGGGGCCCAGGCCCAGCCCCAGGCUGGCGCACCUACCAUGGAAGAGCCCAUCCCAAGUUCGAUGUUUGUGGUGGAGACCACCAUCGGAAAGUAG